AUGGGAGUUUCAGUUCGGGAUCCAAACACCCUCUCCAACUAUGCCGCUUGGCUGACCAAGCACACGACUGCCAAUCUGACGAUUGACUUUGAUGAGCAUGCUCUGAAGGGACGGGUUGACUACCGUAUUCUGUCUCGGACCCAGAAGGAGAGCAAUGAGAUCAUUCUUGACUCGAGCUUCGUCUCUGUCAAGUCUGUCUCCGUUGGCGGUUCCCCUGCACAAUGGGAGCUCAAGGAGCGCCACAAGGCCUUUGGUUCGCCUUUGCACAUCUCGGUUCCCGAGGGAGCUGCUGAGGGAGACGAACUUGACCUGAGCAUCGAGCUCCAGACUACUAAGGAGUGCACGGCGCUGCAGUGGCUUACCCCAGCGCAGACUUCCAACAAGAAGCACCCUUACAUGUUCUCUCAGUGCCAAGCCAUCCAUGCCCGCUCUCUUUUCCCAUGCCAGGAUACGCCUGACGUCAAGUCUACCUACACUUUCAACAUCACCUCCCCAUUGCCGGUAGUUGCAAGUGGUGUGCUUGAGUCCGAGACCAUCGGCGAGAAUGGUACUACUUACGUCUUUGAGCAAAAGGUCCCUAUCCCUUCCUAUCUCUUUGCUCUCGCGUCGGGAGAUAUUGCAACGGCCAAGAUUGGAUCUCGAAGCAAGAUUGCAACGGGUCCUGAGGAGCUCGAAGGUGCGAAAUGGGAGCUCGAGCAGGAUAUGGAUAAAUUUAUGGAGGUUGCCGAAAAGGUCGUCUUUCCCUACAAGUGGGGGGAGUAUAACGUCUUGGUUCUUCCCCCUAGCUUCCCCUACGGCGGCAUGGAAAACCCCGUUUAUACAUUUGCGACACCCACCAUCAUCAGCGGUGAUAGGCAAAACAUCGACGUGAUUGCCCAUGAGUUGGCCCAUAGCUGGAGUGGAAACCUCGUCACCAGCUGCAGCUGGGAGCAUUUCUGGCUGAAUGAAGGAUGGACCGUGUAUCUUGAGCGUAGGAUCGGCGCCGCUAUUCAUGGCGAGCCGGAGCGCGACUUCUCUGCGAUUAUCGGAUGGAAAGCUCUUGAGGAUUCAAUUACACAUUUCGGUGCCGAUCACGAAUACACCAAGCUCAUUCCCACGCUUAAGGGUGUGGAUCCGGAUGAUGCCUUCAGCACUGUGCCAUAUGAGAAGGGAUUCCACUUCCUGUACUACCUCGAGAAGCUCGUCGGUCGGGACAACUUUGACAAGUUCAUCCCCCACUACUUCACAAAGUUCUCGGGCAAGUCUCUGGACUCCUUUGAAUUCAAGGAGACCUUUAUCUCCUUCUUUGACAGCCUGGGAGACGAAGAAAUCAAGAAGAAGGUCGCCGAGAUUGACUGGGAGGGGCGCUUCUACAACCCUGGGUUGCCGCCUAAGCCGGACUUUGACACGUCUUACGUCGAUCAGUGCUACUCCCUCGCAGAGAAGUGGAAGGAUUCUUCCUACAGCCCUUCAAAGAGCGACGUCGAGUCGUUCUCUGCCAAUCAGAAACUCGUCUUCCUCGAAUCUAUCCAAAAAUUCGAUCCUCCCAUCAGCUCCGAGCGUGCCAAGCUCCUCGGUGAUGCCUACGACCUUCUCUCGUCGCAGAACGUUGAGCUCAAGGCCGCCUAUUACCACAUCGCGAUGGGCGCCAAGGACACUUCGUCCUAUGAAGGCGUUUCGGACCUCCUCGGCCGUGUCGGUCGGAUGAAGUUCGUAAGGCCUCUUUUUAGGGGGCUGAAUAAGGUGGAUAGAGAGUUGGCGCUGAAGACUUUUGAGAAGAACAAGGACUUUUACCAUCCUAUUUGCAGAGGAAUGGUCGAGAAGGAUCUUGGACUUGAGUAA